UGUCGCUUCUGCCCGCCCAUUUUUUUUUACCCCUUGUCCACUGGAAAAAUCGUUUCACAUCGCGCACUUUAAUUUCAAAUGCCCUCACCCAGAGCCGAUACCUUCGCAAAUGUCUGAAUCACCACUGACGAUAAUCAUCAUCAAAGGUUAGACAACAGCCUCAAAAUUGCAACGUGCAAUACCCAAGACAUGCGGCGACCUUGGCGAUCAAAAAAGCCGUUGGUCGCCGCGUGUCCAGGCCCGGAAAUGACAAUUCCAAAUUGUCAGGGAUUCGCCACGUGCUACAUGGAGCUGUGCAGACAGCACAAACUCCGACCACUACCGGUCAUCUGCGUGGGACUACCCCACAGCCUGGACUUUACGACAGAUCGAGUGAAGAUGGACGACUGGGGGCCUAUUCUCAAUGCCCUCUCCCUGGACAGAACCCUGAAAUCGGUGAGUGUCCGCAGCAGGUACCAGUGUCGAAAACCCCUGGAGGAAGUUAACUCCGCAGACAAGGCGAGAGCAAUCGGCAAAGCACCAGUGGUUUUGACCAGAUACCUUCUGGAGUGGCUGUCACACAGUAUCGCCCAGUGCAUCAGAAAUUCACCGAUGUUGACCUGCUUGGAACUCGAGGGAAUUCCUCUCCCCGAUGAUUGCCUAGCUGCACUCUGCGUCGGUCUAGCCUCCACAGAAAGCCUCCAGCAUCUGUCCCUGAAGCGCUGCUACAUUGGUGACGAGAGCUGCAGUCUGAUCUGCCGAACGAUUGCCGAUGUCCAUAGCAUCCGAUCCUUGAACCUCAGUCAGUGCGACCUGACCAGCUACUGCGGUCCUGCCCUGGCUUCAGCCUUGUCCCGUCAAAAGCUCGUGCUUUAUCACGACACGUGGAAGGAUUCCCUCAGGUAUCGCGAUCCAAAUCUCGACGCCAUGCCCGGAUUACGACGACUCACUCUCAAUGACAAUCCGCAUUUGGGUGACUCAGCUGUUGCUGAAAUUAUCGACGCGAUUCAGGACAGCUUGUGGCUCAAGGCGUUAGAUCUUCAGCACUGCGGACUAACCGAUGCCAUCGGGAGUGAAAUUCUUCAGCUGUUAGAGCAAAACACCACACUCGAAGUUGUCGAUCUCCGGGGGAACGCCAGUCUCAGUGAGGAUGUCGUUGGAGAAGUCUUCAAACGGCUUGACUUUAAUAACACCGGGAGCAGGUUGGAGUACAGGUACUUCAAGAUACCGCAGAAGGACAACAGAACGGUUUCCGCGGUGACUGAGCGACGGGAAGCGGCGAAGAGGAUUUCCUCCAGUGUAAAUAGACCGAAGAGUGCCGUCAUGAGGAAUCAGAAGAGACCCUGUCAGCUGAGACCUUGCAGAAAAUCUUCUCCUGCGGCUGCUGUUCCGAAGAGAACAAAAUUGAAACCACCGAUACCGCAUUUCCCAGUGCGGAGUGACAAGGCCAAAGUUCCAGGUGUCGAGGGAAAAUCUGUGAAGGUGAAACCUCUGCUUCAUCUCGACCUCCAGACGCAGAUAAAAUCGACGAUGGAUGAAGGUCAAUCGACGAUGGAUUAUGGAAAAUCGACGAUUGAUUAUGAAAAAUCAACAACGGAUGAGAGAGAGGAGCAGACGAACGAGAGUCAGGAUUAUCGAAAGGAGAAAUCGGUAGAGUUGGAGGAACUCCUGGAACCCCUGACAGAGUCUGAGGACUCUGCCAAGGCGAUGUAUGAGCGACUCGAGGUGCAGCUGAAGGAGGAAAGAGCUCGUCGGGAGGUGGCGGAGAUGAAGCUCAGGAUGGUGAGAGGUGAUCUAGAGGAUCUUGAGAAUGUACUCAAAUCAAAAGAGAAAGCCACCCGGGGAUACUUGCUGAUAAGCCAAAAAUCUCUCGAUGAAAUCGCCAAGUCGUUCGAGGAACUCCUGGAGAUGCUGGAGGGCGGCGAAAGAAGUUCUCGGUGGAGGGAGAGCGAUGUCGCUGCUCGUGAGGUGCUUAAGCGAAAAGUCACGCUUUUACUUCGAAAAACCAAAUCCGAGAAGCUGGGGAGGAGCUUUAUCCUGGAGUCCCCGACGAAGGGGGUCAAGUCGACUGGGGACGUGAGCUCCACAUCACCACCAAUUCCUGAGCAGUUGGAGAAGCAAAUUGGCGACACUGGGAAUGGAAUCACAGGCGGAAAUUCCUCGAACACCUGGAGAAUACCUGGGGAAAUAACCAAAACUGAUUUUUCCCCGUGCGAGAGGGCCAGGGCACUCUUCAAACAGAUCAUCAAUGGAGAUGUCAUCCUGAAUCUCGAUAGCCGGAGAAACUAGAUUAUCGUGGAGAUUCUUCACAAAAUGGGGUACGGCAAAUUCCGAGAUGGCGGUGACGAAGCGCCAAUCCCCCAAUCCCGGUCGAUCAUCAGUGAUAUACGAUGUAAGAUUUUAAAUUACUCAUCCGGGAAUCCAUAUUAUUAACUUACGGAAUC